ACAACGUUUUUACCAAUUUCAGAGUGCUUUUGCUCCCCAAUAUCCCUUGCAUGUUAGCAAAUGGAAAGGAACAGCACCGUAACACAAUGCUGUGGUUAAAGAGGACGUGAAACGCUUGGGAACAAGAUUGUCCUAAAAGCAACGUUGUCAACCAUUUCCACCGGCUGGACCUUCCUUCCUCUGCCCCUUUUUCCUCAUUUUCCCCGUUUUUCUCGCUCCCCAGUUACGGUGCGACUGCAUCGCUCGUAGCACGCUCAGAGUGCCAGGAAGCUCGACUUCUCCCGGAGCCGUGAUGAAACCUUCGGAAAUAAACGCGCAGCCGCGCUCCCCCGUAGCAUCUUCGCAUUGCCCCCCUUCAAAUAUCAAAGGAGAAGACUGCCUGGCCCAAAAGCGAUUUAACACCUCAUCCCUCGCUACCUCUAAAACUUCCGCAGUGCUGUUACAAGGGAAGAAAUAAUGGUUUAAUAAAGAGAAUGAGCGGGGCAAGAAGAGCCACAUGGAGAGUGCGGGUGCGCUCGCCGGGGCAGGAUCGACCCUGCUGCUGCGCAGAUUUUUGAAGAGGCAAAAAGCGGGGCUGGGGGACCUCCAGCGAGGGCCGGGGCCGGGGCGGGCCGGCCCCCCCCCCUGCGCCGCCCCCACGCGGCCGGCAGGUGGCGCGCUCCGCCAAGGUGGGGCGAGCGCGGCGCCGGCGCGCCCGGGGACUCGGGGAGCCGCGCACCGACUUGGGCCUAACGACUCCGCGAUCGUCAUUAUUUGUAACCAUAGAGCAUGAAUUACCUCUUGAGGUCAUCAGUGAGAAUUUACGACUGGUCAACAAAAGCACGUGAUUCCCAAACGCACCCCCACCCUCCCCCCAUAUUUGGCCGCAUACAUAGCAAAAACGAAGUACAGUGCAUUGCUAUAAUUCAUUAAUACAUCAUAAAUCGUCAAGCACAGGGUUAUAACGACCACGAGCCACAAAUCAAGCCCUCCAAAAUAACCCAAAUGAGCUCUUACUUUGUAAACUCGUUCUCAGGGCGCUACCCAAAUGGCCCCGACUAUCAGUUACUAAAUUAUGGGACCAGCAGUUCCAUGAACGGUUCUUACAGAGAUUCAAGCACCAUGCAUUCCAGCUCUUAUGGCUACAACUACAAUGGGAUGGACCUUAGCAUCAACCGCUCAGCCUCUUCUAGUCACUUUGGGGCUGUGGGGGAGAGCUCCCGCGGUUUCCCUUCUCCAGCUCAGGAGAGCAGGUUUAGACAGGCGUCUAGCUGCUCCUUAUCUUCUCCCGACUCCCUUCCCUGCUCCAACAGCGAGAGCCAUGGAGGCAAGCCCGCCCCGUCCCCCUCCGACCAAGCUACUUCUGCCAGCACCAACACAAAUUUCACAGAACUAGACGAGACCAGCGCGUCCUCGGGAGCCGACGAGGGCACUCCAAUAAGCAGCAGCAUCCCCCGAGCGCAGGCAGAGCCCAUCGCAACCUCCACCGCAGCAACAGAAGGGCAGGCACCUCAGAUAUUCCCUUGGAUGAGGAAACUUCACAUUAGCCAUGACAUGACUGGACCAGACGGUAAGAGGGCAAGGACAGCGUACACUCGCUACCAGACCCUGGAGUUGGAAAAGGAAUUCCACUUCAAUAGAUAUCUCACCCGCAGGAGGAGAAUAGAGAUCGCUCACGCUCUCUGCCUCUCCGAGAGGCAGAUCAAAAUCUGGUUCCAGAACAGGAGGAUGAAAUGGAAGAAGGAUAAUAAACUGAAAAGCAUGAGCUUAGCCUCUGCGGGCAGCGCCUUUCAGCCAUAAAUUAUAGAGGAAGAAUGUCGAGGAAAGAAGAGGAAAGAUUAAAUAAAUACGUAAAUAAAUAAAUAAAGCUCAGCAGGUCUUA